AUGAAGGCCUCUAACUCCACACACCACGUACAUUGGCAAAACCGGCCGGAUAUGGAACAUAAUGGUUCAACUGAUGCAUCAUGCACCGACCCGUCAUUGUUGGAUCUCAGGGUGCUGGUCCGGAAAAUGAUCACUGCGACGGACCGCUCUGGAAUCAACCCGGAAAUCAUGCAAGCCAUCUCCAUGCUAGACAAUAUCUUUCGCAACCAGGAGGGCCAGCGAUCCCGAACUGUUGAAGAUCCGCAGGCUAGUCUGCGUGAUGAACGAAAAAAUGCGGCUCCUGCUCCGGCUCCAGCCUUGCCGCCUAUUUUGGAUGAGCAGCUGGAAAAGGCAGUCUUCACCCACUCGGCCUGUAACAGUACCUAUGAUGCCAACUAUGACAGGCUUGAGAUACUCGGCGAUGCUUACAUUGAACUGAUUGCAACCAAGCUGGUCUGGAGGUCAUUCCCCGGAAUCCCCGCGGGCCGGAUUUCACAGAUCCGAGAACUUCUUGUUAAAAAUGAGACGCUGGCCGCAUUCGCAGACAACUAUGGGUUUGACCGCAAGGCUUCGAUGCCAAUCAGCUACUCAACCCAGCCAAAACGACUGAUCAAAACAAAGGGCGACAUCUUCGAGGCUUAUGUAGCGGCUGUCAUUCUUUCCCGUCCUACAGGUGGUUAUCGCGUUGCAGAGGAGUGGCUAACUGCAUUAUGGCUACCAAAGCUUAGUCCCCUUGUAAAUGAGAAAGUUACGCUACGUUCGAAAGAGGCGCUGGCGCAGCAGAUUAUGGGAAAGGGCAUCAAACUGGAGUACCAAGAAGAGCGUCCACAGGUUCAGCAAAGAGGCACUGGGACUCAGACAUUUUUCGUGGGCGUCUAUCUAACGGGCUGGGGCUGGACAAAACGCCAUCUUGGUUCUGGGCAGGGUUCAAGUAAGGCGGCAGCAGGGGAUGAAGCUGCAAAGAUGGCACUAUCAGAUACAAAUCUGCUCUCUGAAAUUAUCACCGCGAAGAGAUCUCAUAUAGCUAAAAGAGAAUGA